GUGAAAGCUGUUGUGCUGGACCCAAGAAAUGGGUUUAAUGUUGAUCGCACGCUGACCAAACAAGACGUCCAAAAACUUGAAGAGCUUUGUCUGGAUAAGCUGAUGGAAAAGUGCAGCCCGUCCCUCGACACAAUCAAAAUGCAAGUGUAUUUUGAUAUGAAUUACACCUCCCGACGUGAGUUUCUGGAGGACAUCCACCGGGUGUUGGAGUCCAAGCUGAGCACAGUGAGCAGAGAGAUCACUGACAGCAGGGUGAAGACACGGGAGGAAUUAGACGCUCUGUACCGUAAAAUCAUCACAUACAUCCUGCUGCGCUCCGCCCUGGCCUCACCUGCAGACACCAGCGCUGUGCAAGAGGCUACAGCUGCCCUGCAGAGCGUCUUCCCUCACACUGAACUAGGAGCCUUUAUGGCGCUCUUAAAGAGGGACAAGGAGCAGCAGCUCAGUGAGCUCACCAUGAUUGUGACAGGGAUCCGACUCUUCAACAAAGCCAGCAAGAAGAAGGAGACUAACUUUGAGGAACUGAUGCCUACAAUUCUUAACGAGGCUCUUCCAGUCACCAGUAAAAGCAUAGAAACAGAACUGAGGGCAUCUCAGAGUUUGGCGUGGAAAUACACAGCCCUGCUGGAGAAGCAAACGGUCACCAAUAGUCAGCCCGUAGAGUUUGACAUUCCUGUUGUCCUGCUCAGACAGGCUCUCUACAACGUCAGGCAGCACGAAGCUUUCCUCAAGAUGUUACUGGCUGAUGCAGGUUUAUGUGCCAAACACGUUGAAAUCCUGCAGACUGAGCUCUCGUCACAGAUAAAGCUGCUGAGAGAAACUGUGAAGUCUAAGACAGCUGUACCCACUGCAAAAGUGUUUCCACUGUUCAAGACCCUGUCAAAGCUGUGGUCUGGACUUCAGGAUGAGGCUGAGCUGCUGAACAUCCUCAGUAACAUCAUGCUCAAUCUGCAACCCUUUGUCGCCUCUCAGGCCAAAAUUUUUUCUGAAGCUUAUUUGGACAGCCUGCUCGAGGCUUCAGAGGUGAAGACAGAUGAACAGAGAAUGAAUGAGUCCUCAGAUGAGCGUAUUGUUCCAGCUAAGAUGAAGACACAGGAAUGGCUCCUGCCUGAAACAACAGCCUGCUUUAGUGAGCUGCCGUUACAAUAUGAUGGGGUCUGUGGCUACACACUUGUGAACAAAGAUGGGCUUCUACUUCCAGGCAAUCCACACAUUGGAGUCCUCAAGCACAAAGAGAAGCUCUAUGUUUUUAGCUCCAAAGAAGCUGCCUUGAAAUUUGCCUCCACUCCGGACGACUUCAUCGACGAGGUGGCAGAGAAAGCCAAGUACUCCCCUGAACUGAUUCAGCUCCUUAAACUCCACCAACAGUUUUCCUGCGUCAGUCCUUACUCUGAGAUGCAGCUAGGAGAGAGUUUACUGGUGAAGCCUAUUACUGUGUGUGAGAGCGGCACACAGACUGACAUCCACCCAGUGGAGACAAAGAUCGUCAAGUCAUACGAGUGGAAUGAGUGGGAGCUGAGAAGAAAAGCUCUCCAACUGGCUGAUAUCAGGACCAAAGUGACACACUCAACGCAGACUCAUCUGAGCCACAUGAGACGGGAAAACACCACUCAAACCUGGCUGCCAAAGAAUGCUGCCUGUCAGAGCAAGAGAGAUGGUGAGAGUAACGUGCCCAAACCUCAGAUCUACCUGGCAGGUCUGAGGGGACAGAGAGACAGACACAUGGUCAAAACAAACCUGACCAGAUCAGUGGACGAAUAAUCAAGAUGUUCAAAAAGAAAAACCCAUCUGUUGUUCUGUGAAAUAAAUAUUAAUGUAAGCA